CAAGAGAAGAACAAGAGAGGACGUGACGUAGCUGCAGUUGACGUAAAAUGGCCACCAUCGUGUGUUAGUCAAAACAUAACGAAGGAUCGCAAACAGACACAGAAAAUCCCAUUUUACGGAGAAAUAUCAUCCACUUGGUGUUUAUUGUGUCCUAACAAGGUUCAGCCAUGGAUGAGGAGGCGACGGUUGGUGUGAACCCGGAGGGGCUCGUGGCCCUGGAUGAGCCCAAGAAGAUGACCCGUGAGGACUGGAGGAAGAAGAAGGAGCUGGAGGAGCAGAGGAAGCUGGGAAAUGCUCCGGCUGAGGUGGACGAGGAGGGAAAGGACAUCAAUCCUCACAUCCCGCAGUAUAUUUCAUCGGUGCCAUGGUACAUCGACCCGUCCAAAAGGCCCACACUCAAGCAUCAGAGACCACAGGAAGAAAUUGCGGUGCAAUUCUCAACCAUUGGAGAGUGGUACAAGAGAGGAGUGAACAAUUUGUCUGUCACCACAAAGUUUCGUAAGGGAUCUUGUGAAAACUGUGGUGCCAUGACACACAAGAAGAAGGAGUGCUUGGAGCGACCCAGAAAAGUUGGGGCAAAGUUUACAGGCACUAGCAUAGCUCCAGAUGAACACAGUCAGGUAGAGCUGGACUUGGACUAUGACGGGAAGCGAGAUCGCUGGAACGGGUAUAACCCUGAGGACCACCAUCGCAUCGUGGAAGAGUACGCCAAAGUAGAUGUGGCCAAAAGGACCCUGAAGGCCCAGAAGCUUCAGGAUGAGUUGGCCUCUGGUAAACUGGACCAAGGUCAGCGGGAACACGACAGUGAGGAUGAGGAUGAAGAUAAAUAUGCAGAUGACAUCGACAUGCCUGGUCAGAACUUUGACUCCAAGAGAAGAAUCACUGUCAGGAACCUGCGUAUCAGAGAAGACACAGCUAAAUAUUUGAGGAAUUUGGAUCCAGAUUCAGCAUAUUAUGAUCCAAAGACUCGAGCUAUGAGAGAGAACCCAUACUCCAACACCGGCAUGAACCCUGACGAGGUUGGGUAUGCUGGAGACAACUUUGCUCGUUACAGUGGGGCCACCAUCAACAUGGCUCAAACACAAUUGUUUGCCUGGGAGGCCUAUGAGAGGGGCUCGGAGGUGCAUCUGCAGGCCGACCCCACCAAGCUGGAGCUGCUCCACAAGUCCUUCAAGGUCAAGAAGGAGGACUUCAAGGAAAAACAGAGGGACAGCAUUCUAGAGAAGUACGGAGGUGAAGAGCACUUGGAUGCCCCGCCACGGGAGCUGCUCUUGGCCCAGACGGAAGACUACGUGGAGUACUCUCGUCACGGGGCAGUGCUGAAGGGGCAGGACAAGGCCGUGGCUCGCUCCAAGUAUGAGGAGGACGUGGUCAUCAACAACCACAAUUGUAUUUGGGGCUCCUUCUGGAACGACGGCUACUGGGGAUACAAGUGCUGUCACUCCAUGGUCAAGAUGAGUUACUGCACAGGAGAUGCUGGACUUAGAGUGAACCACACAGACUGUGUUCCAUUUGAGGAGGGACUGAUGGAUGACGAGGAUGAAGAACCGCCCAAGACUCUGCUGGAAAUGCAUCGAGAUAAGAUGAUGAAAGAAAAGAAGAAGAAAAAGAAGAGCAAGAAGAACAAGAAGCACAACUCUGACGGCAGCGAUUCAGAUGACGCAGAAAAGAAAAAGGAGAAGCUGAAGAAGGCACUAGAAGCAGAGGACAAGCGGGUGAAGCACAUCGAGGCGAUCAUGCAGGUGGAGGAGAGGAAGAGGCCGUACAACAGCUUGCAGGAAGUGAAGGCGCCCACUGAGGAGGAGAUGGAGGCCUUCCGCAUGAAGCGCUGCCGGGAGGAUGAUCCCAUGGCUUCCUUCCUCAGCCAGUGACCUGCUGACUCACCCAAACUCUUCCAAGGACUCUCACCAGAGCUGCUGCUCGGUCAAAAAUACUCCAAAAGUUCAGCAAAUGUUUGGUUACAAACUCGACAAAACGUGUACAGUAAUGUGUUCAUUUCUUUUUGGAAUACUUUUGUUUUUGAGGCCACAGGUUGACAGACCAUAGGACAAUACUGAUAUAUGCUUAAGUUCCAUGUGAGAGAAUGUAAGUGCUGUUUUUAGAUGACCGAGCCUCCCUCAUGUCUCAAUAGUAGCACAUCCAACUACUUUUUAUUCGGAUUAUUGCAUAAUUUUUAUAAUAAAAUGUAUGUUUGCCUGAA